AUGGAGAGAGGAUGGAAGCCUAGUGUGGAGAUUUCACCAAAUUGUCCACGGUGCGGUUCUUCAAAUACCAAGUUCUGCUAUUACAACAAUUACAGCUUAACUCAACCAAGGUACUUCUGCAAAGGCUGUAGAAGAUAUUGGACUAAAGGAGGAUCACUUAGGAACGUGCCAGUUGGAGGUGGCUGCCGGAAAAACAGAAGAGGUAAGUCCUUAAGGCUACCAACUGAUGGUGUGCCCUCUAAGGGAUUGUCAUGUGGGGUACUUCCACCUGAGUCAAUUGGGCAUUCCUAUGGUAACAAAGUGAAUGCCUCUGCUGAGUCUAAUAGCUCCUCGGCGAUGUCUGAUGGUUCUCAAAUUGAUCUGGCACUCGUUUAUGCAAACUUCUUGAACCAACACGCAGAAAACAAGUCUGGUUUUGAAGUGUCAGAUCAGUUGCCUAGUGAAUUUGAUCCAUCUCUAGAGUUUUCAAGCUUAUCCAACACAAACAUGGAUUCAAGUAUUCAGCUAACAGAAGAAAAUGGUCUAAUUGGAUGCUUCACUCGCUCUGACUUGUCCACUGAAAAUCAUUUGAGCAACAAUGAUCGGGCAUACUAUUCUGGAAGUAACUAUGCAUUGCCACCGUUGCCGGGGGAUGAUUUAUCCUCUCAAGAAACACCGUGGACGAAUUCUAAUUCCUCGAUGAGUCAAACCUUGCUAGCAACACAAGAGCCAGUUCUAGGACCUGAAGUUCACGAUCCAAAUCUAUUGUUUGGUAAUUGGAGUCUAUUUGAUUUGUCUGGUGAUGAUGCUUUCUUCAGGAUUCACUAGCCUUUGCUAUCAAUGUUUUUAAUUUUUUUU